CGAGACGACAACAACAACAACAAACAGCACGGCUCGACACCUCCCGCGCUGUCCCACACCCACGCCCACGCCCGCCCCCAUGCUUCCCUCAACGUCCCUCCGGGCCGCGUCGACGCGCAUCCCCCUGACCCUGUCCCAGGCUUCGGCACAGGUGCUGCCUCCCAUCCCCCUCUACCGCCGCCUACUGCGCGCACACCGCGGCCUGCCCGACGAGAUGCGCUUCAUGGGCGACGCGUACGUCAAGUCCGAGUUCCGCGCCACGCGCGCGACCGACAACCCGCUGCACGUCAUGGCGUUCCUGCAGCAGUGGAAGGUGUAUCUCGACCAGAUCAGCGCGAGCCUCGCAGCAGAGGGCAAGGCGUGGAAGGGGCGCCGGAUCGAGCAGGAGACGAUGGACGCCCUGUCCGACGAGCAGGUCGGCCAGCUGUACGAGCUCAUGCACGCCAGCAAGGACGUGUGGAAGGCGCCGGAGCAGCUCGAGCGUGAGGCUCUCGAGGCCGAGGCGGCCGCCAAGAAGGAAGACAAGUAGGCGCGGCACAACGAAGCAGACACCGCCCAGCGGCACACGCACGCGCGCAUGGGCACCAGCAUAGCAUGUAUCAUCUAG